AUGGGUUGGUUCCAGCCAGAGGUGAAGGUCGAGCAUCAUGGGUUUUGUGAUGCGUCGCAGAAGGCAUAUGGGGCCGCAAUAUACUUGCGGGUUGAAGUAGGACAUAAUAUUAUGACACAUCUGCUUACCGCCAAGACCCGAGUCGUACCCGUUAAAACGGUGUCCCUUCCACGGCUCGAACUGUGUGGGGCCUUGCUGUUGUCAGAAAUGAUCGCAGCUAUCCUUCCGAAUAUGCCAAUUUCCAAUUCCGACAUUUUCUGCUGGACUGAUUCCACCAUCGUCCUCGCAUGGUUGAACAAACCGGCAUUCCAAUGGGCCACGUUUGUAGCCAACCGAGUGACCAAGAUUAUUCAGGUGACGAGCGCUGAGCAUUGGGCGCAUGUGCGAUCUGAGCACAAUUCCGCGGACCUAGCCAGCCGAGGAGUUUCGCUGCAGGAUCUGGUUCAUAGCCAACUCUGGUGGAAAGGACCGGACUGGUUACAACAGCCAAAAGGCCAGUGGCCAACACAGGGGCUUGCGACUCCAGUUACAGACUUAGAGCAGCGUGCUGUGAAGGUCAAUUUCGCAAAGGCCCUAUCCGACGAUUUUCUGGAACGAUUCUCCAAAUUGGACAAGGCUCUGCGGGUCCUUGCGUACGUGCUACGGUUCACUCAACGCUGCCGCAAGAUGCCGAGGGGCCCAGCUGACCGGCCUACAAAGGAGGAGGUCCGAGAAGCUGAAAGAGCCCUUAUUCUAUAUGCUCAACGUGAGGAAUAUACCCAAGAGCUUAAAUUCCUAAACGAUAAGUGUCCAAUUCCAGUGUCCAGCCCGAUAGCCAACCUGUUUCCAUUCCUAGACCAGCACGUCCUGUUAAGAGCAUGUGGUCGCAUUACUGCCUCAACAGCACUUCAGUAUGACGAGCGCCAUCCUAUUAUACUGCCAUAUAACUGUAGGCUUUCUCGUCUGCUCGUCCUUUUUUCACACCAGAUUUCCCUGCAUGGCGGCAACCAACUAGUGGUACGCCUCAUUCGAUCGAAGUAUUGGAUUCCUAAACCCAAGAAUCUGGUAAAAGCUGUGCUAAACUCCUGUAAGGCCCUGCAUCAGCAGUUCAGUGCGCGAUGGAAAGAGGAAUAUUUAAAGGAACUGCACAAGCGCAAUAAGUGGCAGAAUCCGUCCAAAGAUAUACAUGCUGAUGAUAUGGUGGUCGUCAAAGAAGACAAUAUGCCAUCAAACGACUGGCGGCUCGGCAGAGUUGUAUCUGUCUUUCCAGGGGCCGAUAGUAGAGUUCGCGUAGUAGAAAUCCGUACGGCUCGAGGAAUUAUUAAACGUCCCGUCCAUAAGCUAGUACUUCUUCCUAUGGAGGCCAAGGCAGCCUCAGUACUUCCAAAAUAG